AUGUCUUCGGCACCGUUUGUUGAUAGAAUUGACCCUUUUGCUAAACGGUCUCUUAAGAAAAAGACCAAGAAGAGUCAAGGGUCAUCCCGUUAUCGUAACUCACAAGAUGUAGAACUCUUGGCACUACCCUUACUGAAAGAUGUGCCAGCUACUGAACAAGAAGACUUGUUCAUUCGUAAGCUGCGUCAGUGUUGUGUUGCAUUUGACUUCAUGGACCCUCUUGCUGACUUAAAAGGAAAGGAGAUCAAACGUGCCACAUUGAAUGAACUUGUUGGGUAUAUUACUGUUGGACGUGAUGUACUCACUGAACCGGUUUAUCCAGAAAUCAUUAAAAUGAUUUCGUCCAACUUGUUCCGCACUCUACCACCAAGUGAUAAUCCUGACUAUGACCCGGAGGAGGACGAUCCGACUCUAGAGGCCUCUUGGCCGCAUCUCCAACUAGUCUAUGAGUUUUUUUUGCGUUUCCUUGAAUCAGUGAACUUUCAGCCAACCAUUGGCAAGAAAGUCAUCGACCAGAAAUUUGUAUUGCAGCUUUUAGAUCUGUUCGAUUCCGAAGACCCUCGCGAGCGCGAUUUUCUGAAAACGGUGCUGCAUCGUAUCUACGGAAAGUUUCUGGGUCUCCGAGCGUUCAUUCGAAAACAGAUCAACAAUAUAUUCCUGCGAUUCGUCUACGAAACCGAGCACUUCAACGGCGUCGGUGAGCUCCUGGAGAUCUUGGGAAGCAUAAUCAACGGGUUCGCGCUGCCGCUGAAGAGCGAGCACAAGCAGUUCCUGGUGAAGGUGCUCCUGCCGCUGCACAAGGUGAAGAGCCUGUCCAUGUACCACGCGCAGCUGGCCUACUGCGUGGUGCAGUUCCUCGAGAAGGACGCCACGCUCACCGAGCCCGUCGUGCGCGGCCUGCUCAAGUUCUGGCCCAAGACCUGUUCCCAGAAGGAGGUGAUGUUCCUGGGCGAGAUCGAGGAGAUCUUGGACGUCAUCGAGCCGGCUCAGUUCGUCAAGAUACAGGAGCCGCUGUUCAAGCAAAUAGCCAAGUGCGUGUCCAGCCCCCACUUCCAGGUGGCCGAGAGGGCGCUGUACUACUGGAACAACGAGUACAUCGUGUCCCUGAUCGAGGAGAACAAUCAGGUGAUCAUGCCCAUCAUGUUCCCGGCGCUGUACCGCAUGAGCAAGGAGCACUGGAACCAGUCCAUCGUGACCUUUAUCUACAACGUGCUCAAGACCUUCAUGGAGAUGAACUCGAAGCUGUUCGACGAGCUCACCGCCAGCUAUAAGGCGGAGCGACAGAAAGAGAAGAAGCGCGAGAAGGAGCGCGACGAGCUGUGGAAGCGGCUGGGCGAGCUGCAGCUCGGCGCCAAGCGCGCCAAGUGA